AGAAGGAGACGUUCACGUUGACUUUGUGCUUCCGUUAAACCCUGAAGUGCUCGUUCAGGUUGCUCUUUCCGGCACAACGGUUUAUAUAUAUAUAUAUAUAUUUUUUCCGUUUCAAGGCGCAUAAAAUAUACUUGAAAAUGUCCGAAGGGCACCAACUGGAGAAUGCGAACCCGGUGAUCUUCCAGCGCUCCGGGGACAGGAUGGUAACAGCGUCCGAAGAGGACGAAGACGUUCACGACCCCAUCGACGACAGGGAAAUAUUUGAUCUGAUCCGAUCCAUCAAUGACCCGGAGCAUCCGCUGUCUCUGGAGGAGCUCAACGUGGUCGAGCUGGACCGAGUUAAGGUCAAUGAUACGGAGAGUACUGCGAGAGUCGAGUUCACUCCCACAAUCCCCCACUGCAGCAUGGCGACACUCAUUGGUCUGUCCAUCAAGGUCAAGCUUUUGCGCUCCUUGCCGGACAGGUUCAAAAUUGAUGUUCACAUCACUCCUGGAACUCAUGCCUCAGAAGAAGCAGUGAACAAACAGCUGGCGGACAAAGAGAGAGUGGCAGCAGCUUUGGAGAACUCGUCUCUGUUGGAAGUAGUCAACCAGUGCUUGUCCAACAGGACCAUCUAAACAUCUUGGACUGUACCAUACUUUUCCAUCAGAUCCUGCCUGCCUGUCUGUGACGUGGAGAUGGAGCUGAUGUACAUAAGCAACCAGAAAGGCUUACCGAUUAGAAGCUUGUCUCCAAGUUGGCAAAUAUUUACCUCAGAUGUUUCUUCAGUAACACAUUUAAAGAUUUACUUUCUUUUUAAACCAAAGUUUUUAUGCACAUCAUUUGUUGUUGUCUGUAUAUAAUGUGCAUAUAGAGUUAGUAAAUUAUAUCACUCAGAAAACA